UCCGCAAGCCCUCAAUCAAAAUAAGCUGUCUCGUUCCAAGUUUUAUAAUCUGUGAAAAUCAGAAAGGAGAUACGUAAAAAAAAUCCUAUUUAAUAUUUAUUCGCCCAGCGAAUUCGCGCGCUGUCAAUUCUUAGUAAAAUCUGAGACAACGUUCAACCGUAUUAUAGUUAUUAAUUUUAUUAAAGUAAUUUACGUUAUAACAUACUAAAUAAAUAUAAUAUACAAUAACUCAAAUAAAAAGUUCUCAAUUCAGCAAAUUUUACGUGAGUGCUAGUACUGCUAGUGCCAUAACGAUUUGAAAAUGCAUGAUCUGAUGGUAGAUUUUGAAACUGUAACCCCUGAUUUAUGGAUGGCUAAUGAAGAAACAUGGAAAGAGAAGUUAUUAAAACUGCCUAAUUUAUUUCAGAUACCUUUAAUCAAUUCAAAUGCCUCCUUGAAUUUGCCGGAUAGCACUUUGGUACGUUUUAAGGGGAUGAUCCAGGAUAUGCACAAUCCUGAGUUCUAUUUUGAACAGUUUGAAGUGCUGAAUACAAAUACAAAUGAGAUUAAAAAUAAAAGUGGGAAGUAUAGGGAUACUGCACAUAUUUUGGAAAAUGAAAAAAUAAACUACACAGAAAACUUGAAGAGCUCUCAGCGUCAGACCAUGGUAGUUGUAUCAAUGCCAGGCCUCAGUGACUGGGCCCAACAGGUGGAAGACAAACAGAACUACUUGAAGCAUUUAGAACAACAGCCAAACUCAUCAAAACGGCUCAACCAAGAUACAAAAUUAAAACGAAGUUAUGAAGAGGCAGAGGAAGAAUCUGAUUCCAUGGAAGUUGUUGAAGAAGUUGGUAAUAAAGAACGGAAAGUGACAGAGAAGAGUGAUGCCCCUGCUAAUGUGGUAUCUAGAGAACAUUUGUUGAACUUUCCUCUGCCUGAUACACCAAGCAAAUCCUGUAUUGUUAAGAUUUAUGAUGACAAUGAAAAUCUUAAACUGAAUGAUAUGAUAGAAGUUGUAGGCUUCCUAUCUGUGGACCCUGCUUUAUCUGGAGAGUUCCAGCCUGAAAAGGAUCCAUUACCAGAUCCACAGACUGAGACAGAAGUUGAGACUAUCACACAUAAUCCCCCACCAAGCUUAGUGCCUAGAUUACAUGCAGUUUAUGUUAAGAAACUGGAGCACUGCAACCCAUUGGUCAAGAGCUUUGAUCAAGGUGCAGUAUUAAAAGAAGCCAAUUCAGCUCGAGAACAUUUGUUAAAAGCUCUGACUGAAUUAUUACUUGGAGAUAAACUGGCCGCCGAAUAUUUGAUAUGCCAUCUCAUUGCUUGUGUAUACUUACGUCAAGAAACACUAGCGCUCGGCCAGUUCUGUCUCAAUCUAUCCAACUUACCGAUACAGAAAUACCCGAACUACGCCAAACAGUUGUACGAGAUCAUCAAGCAGUUUGUUACAAAAAGCUAUUACUUGCCUCUCACAAUAGAAAACAUGAAUACACUCAGUUUAUUGCCUAAAAAAGAUUAUGAAUGCAACCGCUUAACCAGUGGAGUGCUACAGCUGAGUAAAGACACUCACUUAGUAUUAGAUGAAACUAAAAUGGAACAAGGACGCCUAGAUGCCACGGGAGUGAACAACGUCGCGGCCUUAGGCAACAUGAUCAUGACUCAAAAAGUGGAAUAUGACUUCAAGUAUUACAAAAUGGAGUUUGAUUCUGAUGUCUCUGUUUUAGUACUAUCGGAAGGAAAAUCCUUGUUACCGAGUGACUACCACGUCCCACUACGCCCUGAGGAGUCUUCAUUACAAAUAUUCAAUGCUAUCAUUGAAGCAGCAACAUACUACUUAAAGGAGGAUAUCAUGAAUAUCAUUAGGAUAUACCUCACUAGUCUUAAGCUUGUUAAGUACACUAUAAGUGAAGAUAUACAGUUUGUUGAAGACGAUUUUAUAGAAAUGCGGAGUAAUUCGGACGAGGAUAAUCCAGUGACGGCCGACGAUUUACACAGGCUACUGGUCCUCGCGCGGCUAGUCAGCCUCUCUCGUGGGUUUGAUACUCUCGACAAGGAGUGCUGGGAGAUCACCAAGAAGAUGGAAGCAGAAAGACUCAACAGGAUAAAGAAUAGAGUUGCUUCUACAAUAUAAAUGUAUUUUUUUAUUAAACCUUUUUUACUUAA